AUGACCAAGUUGCGAAAACAAGGUCAAGCAACUACUAUACAUCGAAAGGAGACCGUUGCACUUCGUCGAUCCCCCGACCAUCCGCACCUUCUGGCGCUGGCUACGCAUCGUGCGGUACUCCUUUUCGACAUCCGCUGCCCUUCCAUGGGCGGCCGAGCUUCAUCGGCAGCUGCCAUUUCGACUGAAUCAACUUGGUCGGAUGGCUGCGCUAGUCAAUCAGAAUCAGCCGGACCACUUCGUCGGCGGCCACCCACUGCCACUAGCGGUGUGAGUAUCUUCCAACCUCCUUUGGAUACUGACUCCGGCGUCCGCUCUCUAAAUUUUUUCGGGCGUGUUCUCUCGUUCGGCACAUCAGCCGGUCAUGUACACUUUUAUGAUUUGGCUACAGGUCGCGAACUGCCCAUAAAACUGACUCUUGAGACUGGGCCAUCGGUUACAGAUAACUCCACAAGCUCUGAACCUAGAUCUUAUAAUUUACAACCUCCACCAUCAGACUUGUACCGCGACACUGGUUCAGAAUCUUUGGAUUCGUUUGGGUUGCGCCAUGGUGCCACCACGCAUUAUCCCUCACUUGACUAUCUUCGUAGAAUCCAGCAACAACAGCAGUACUGGCGUGUCCAAGCUUCUGCCAGUGUACCUCAGGCUUCCCCGUUUUUCCAGCGCCUCAGAGACCGGUUGACGCGUCAGCUAAGCUUCCGCGAUAACCAUGAGCUUCGGGAAUCAGGACCUUCUCAAUCCAGUCAAUCAGAGCGACGGCAUCAGUAUCAACGAAAUCUUUUAGCACGACAUCUAAUUUCAUCUUCUCUAUUGGCUCUCCCGCCAAUCACUCUUCCUCGACAAACUGCUGGCCCUGAGUCUGAAUCCAGCCUGGAGCAGCCUCCUCCAACAUUGUCUCCAUCACCGUUUGCAUUAGCAGCAGUCAAUGCUCUCGCACCUCCCUCUUCCUUGGCCUUUUCGUCGGCACUCAGAGCACCGCAACAUAAUUGCCUCCAGAUGAAUUCCGCUCUCUCCCCACCCUCUUCGUCUGCUUCCGAUAUUGAUGACUUGUCCAUCCAUACUGCUAUCUCCUCAUACAUUUUUCUUCCUCGCAUCCAUUCCCGUACUCAUACAGUUGAUGUUGAGGUGCUUGCAAGCCAUCAGCCUAGAACCACCUCUUCUCAUUUCAAUUAUUCACAACCUCAAGGGUUACCCACUGUCAGUCACCAAAGCUGCCAUCCACAAGAGGGUUCCGAAUUCCGAGGGUUGCUGACUACCUCUCCUCAAGUCUUCGGAACUCGCCAGUCUCUGGUUGCACCUUUUCUUGUUGGUUCGGGAGAUGGCAAUGGGUCAUACACAAAUGAGCCUGGCCUCAUUCCAGCUAGCAAUCAAGAUUCUGGACCCCGUCUAGCAAUACCUCGGACUCCUAGACCCUCACUUCUGGCCGGUAUAUCUGAUUUAGACAUAUCACCGCCAGGUUGGACCGAUUGUCGUCGUCCUGUUGCCGAGGAUGCUGGUAGUGACGCCUUGGAAACAAUCAGUUCUCGAGUCUUGCUCGCUGCUUCACAGCGAUGUAGGUUAAUUUGA